CAGUUUGCGGUAACAGUGAAUUGAAAGUACGCCAUAAAUAUGGCGCCAAAAGAGUUUUCAAGCUGAUGAUAAGAGCUGAUUUUUUCCUCUGUGUUGUCUUUUUUUUUUCUGGGGGUGGGGGGAGAGGUUGCAAGACAAGACCCGUCUGUGCAUUUGUGCAGAGCAGUGUGUGCACGUACGCCGGGUAGACGAGUGGAAGCGAGGCAAGGCAGCAAGUGAAGAGCUCAAUUAUUUUUGAAGGAGGGACGUUGCGAAACUGGCUUGCAAUCUUUUCUGACUCAUCGUUUGGAAAUAAAGAAUCCUUUUUUUUUUUUUCUUCUUCUUCUUCUUUUUACUCCUCCUCUUGCUUCUCCGUCCCUUCCUCCUUGUAACGUUACCGCUGGCACCCGAGAGGAAAACAUCGUCGGGUUUUGACACCACGUUUGGGCUGCUUUUGCAAAAUGCGACAUGCUUUCCUGUGAGCGGUAUGUUGUGCGCACCUCGCAGCCUGCUAACCCGUGAACAGCAGCAGCAGGACCAGCGGCGGCACCACUGUGUUUGUUGUUGUUGACUUGUAAAGGCAGCAACAACUCAGUCUGGCAGACACUUUGGGAUUUUAUUUCGGAUUUGGACUCGGUGGCCGGUCUUUGCAGAGCUGACGCGCUGUCAACACGCACCGUGAGGGGAAGGGAAGGGAAGGGAAGGGAGGGGAAGGGAAGGGACAGUCCUGUCACCCAACGUGGAUUCUGAUUCGGGGCUGUUUAGCAGCACUGCUAGUAGCCUGCCAGGGCACUGAGUGGGCAAACCGAACUACUGCUAAACCCUCCACAGUAAAACUACAUGUGCCUGGCUCCCAAUGAUCUCCUAAUCUCCGGGAAUCGCCCGCCGUCCAGGACUGUGGACGUCUCUGCAUCCGAAGCUGACUGCGAUCAAGGUCAGGUAAUGUCGUGGUCCAGGUCAUCCAAGAACACAGGCACCAGCAGCACAUGGGUCCGCCACCAGCACAAGAAACCGUCAGAGGUAUUUCGUACCGACUUCAUCACGGCAAUGAAGCUGCCGGACUCGGCCCAGCUCGGCCCUGACGACUUUUACGUGCUCUCGGACCCUUGGAGACAAGAGUGGGAGAAGGGAGUGCAGGUCCCUGCCAGCCUGGAGGCCAUACCAGAGCCCGUGGUCAGGUUGCUGCCGACUGAGUCGACAGGUGGCCUUUCCAACAACAGGCAGGAGAGGGAGAGCAACACCCAGCCUCCUCCCACCCAGCGCUACAGCUGCUAUGACCUGGAUGACAUGGACGUUGCCUGGCUGGAGCUGGUCAACCACGAGUUCAGACAGAUGGCACUACCAGAGCUGGACGAGCUGACGAUGGAGUGCGUUUUGGUCGAGCUGGAGAGCGUGUGCGAGGAGAAGAUGCGGCAGGCCAUCGAAACGGAGGAAGGCCUGGGCAUUGAGUACGACGAGGACGUGGUGUGUGACGUCUGCCGCUCGCCAGAGGGAGAGGACAGCAACGAGAUGGUCUUCUGUGACAAGUGCAACGUUUGCGUUCAUCAGGCGUGUUAUGGCAUCCUGAAGGUACCCCAGGGGAACUGGCUGUGUCGGACCUGCGCUCUAGGCGUUCAGCCCAAAUGUCUGCUCUGCCCUAAGAGAGGGGGGGCCCUCAAACCCACCCGCAGUGGAACCAAGUGGGUCCACGUCAGCUGUGCCUUAUGGAUCCCUGAGGUGAGUAUAGGCUGUCCAGAGAAGAUGGAGCCCAUUACCAAGGUGUCCCACAUCCCCGCCAGCCGCUGGGCUCUGUCCUGCAGCCUGUGUCGAGAACACACAGGAACCUGCAUACAGUGCUCCAUGCCCUCCUGUAUGGUGGCCUUCCAUGUGACGUGCGCCUUUGACCACGGCCUGGAGAUGAGGACCCUCCUGGCAGAGAACGACGAGGUGCGCUUCAAGUCCUUCUGUCUAGAUCACAGCUGCACCGCCAGCAACAGUAGUGCAACCACCACCAACUUCUCCAGUUUGACCAGUGUGAGCAUUGGCAACCACACCACCACUUCCACCACCAGCGGAGCACACGCCACAGCCAGACCUGACUGGACCACCACCGGUGUGAGUUCUGAGCUCCGGCCGGACCAUCAGCACCAACCAAACAUCUGCAGCGAUCAGGAGCAGAGGUCGGUAUUGUACCCAAUUUCAGUGUCGGCAUCAGAGCGAGCUGAGCGGGACCAGCUGGAGAGAGAGAAAGUGAGCCAGAGGAAACAGAAGCUCCAGGAGCUGGAGGAUGAGUUUUACCAACUGGUGGACCCCAGGGAGGUUGCCGAAAACUUGGCGCUGCCCUUUUCCCAGGUGGACUUCUUAUAUCAGUUCUGGAAGAUGAAGAGGAAGGCCAACUUUAAUCGACCUCUGGUCACCUUAAAGAGAGACGAGGUGGACAACCUGGCCCAGCAGGAGCAGGACGUCCUGUACAGACGCCUCAAACUCUUUACACACCUCCGGCAAGACCUGGAGAGGGUGCGUAACCUGUGCUACAUGGUGACACGGAGGGAGAAAAUGAAACACACCCUGUGCGAUCUCCAGGAAAAGAUCUUCCACCUGCAGAUACAACUACUGGAAGAGGACAUUGCUGGAGAUAAAACCAAGAAGGGAGAAAAGAGGAAGCAGAAUGGAGUGAAGGAGAAAGGGAAGGAGAGGAGAAAAAGUAGUCCUGAGAAGAAAAAGGAGAGAUUGAAGCCAGAGAACGGCUCCCUGCUAAAAGAGCUAGGUUUGUCAAAGUCCUUCCCGUUGGACAACUCUUUGUUCGACAGCUGGCUCGCCCAGUCGGUUCAGAUCACUGCUGAUGACAUGCUGAGCCAGUGGGCUCUGGGUGCCCAGCAUCGGGACAAGAGCGGUAGCCUGCUCUCCGACCAGCUCCUGCAAGGCGAGGAAAGCCUGCUAAACCUGAUGAUGGAGAAUUCCAUGCAGUCCACCUGGAAAACACCCCAGCUGGGCCGCAAACCGCGAGGGAGCAACAAGCCCCGUGCUCGUAGUAACCCGCAAUCCACCGCCCUGCCCCAGACGCUGCUGUCUGCAGCGGCCGCCUCCGCCGCCAGCAGCCCCUCCCCUGCAAAGAGCCUCUGGGCAAGCGUGGCGGAGGAAAAGCCCACCCAUGUGGGUCAGAAAGGGGAAAGGUCCAGGGGAUCCUCCAAGGCCUUGCACCACAACUACCUUCAUCACCACCAGACAAGAAGCUCUGACCUGCACAGGGAACCGCCACCGCAGCCACCGAUCUCCAAAAUGGAUUCCUGUCACAUCUCGGAGGAUCGCGGCCCGUGGGACAGCAUCCACCCAGGGAAUGGUGUUGCAUCUGGUUUCGCUGCUGGCUCAUCUCCACGUCCGGCCUCCAGCCCUGGGGUCACGUUGCCCGACACAGGGGCGACCAUUCGUGGCAGGGGUCCGCGGCUCCGUCUGUCCCGCCAUGGUAAAUCCAGAGGUAGGGGCGUUAGUGGAGGUGGAGGCAUAGCAGGCCUGGAGUCUGUUGGCCUGCCGCUCACAGGAAAGGACAUCUCCCUGCUGGACGCUGGCGAGACUGACGGGUACUUCUCUGAUGGCGAGCAGAGUGAUUCGGACACGCGCUCUGGCGGACGCAAACUCCGCUUGCCGCAGUUGCAUUCUGGGAACGAGGACCUACUGAGAAGGAGCGUGCUGGCAUCCUAAAGAACUGAGACUCAAACCAACAUGCACACACACACACACAUAUACACACAGUUAUCCAAGCAGAGUUCUGCUGGCUAAUUGUUACUCCAUCUGUGCCCAAUAUAUAGUCCGCAAAACAUAGCUGGAUGGCUUUGUUCAACCCAAUCCUUGUCACAUUUACUAGUGGAAGAUCUCUUCAGCUCUCACCUGCUUUAUUUUGGGGGGGGGAACUUGAAUGUAGCGGAUGGCCUGUUGUACAGUAAAGCCUCUCCUCUGGACCAUAGUUUGUCGUUAGCCUACCACAGGAUGCGAUACAUUCAACAAAUAGGAAACAAACAUUACCUUUAGUCUUUUUUUGUUUUGUACUUCAGAUUCAUUCUGUUUUUGGGCGUUGAAGUACCUAUUUCUGGCCUCAUGUCUGUGGUCUCUGCCAGACUUGGGGACAAAUACUUCGGGGCAUUAUUAUUAUUCAAGCUGGUUUCAGGGUCUGCUUCGCUCUUGGUCUUUAUAGCCUGAGAUGCAUCCAAUGAGUCCUUGUUUUCUUGAAUAUGUUAAGUGGAAAGACAAUUUCACACCGGAGCUGGUUUGAAUAUGUGCUGAGGGUGACAUGGGAUAACAUGUAUUCAGCCUUGAAAAGCACAACUAGCUAGUCAUAAGAGCUGUAAUGUAAGCACUCAGUGUGCAUAAUAGAUGCUCAUUCAGGGUUGGGGUCAAUUCUCAUCAUGUUGACUCAGUUCCAAAUUCUAUAUACAAAAACCGUCAUUCUCAAAUCUUCACAGACUAAAAAAACUUUUUUUCCAGCUAUUCCAAUUUUGUGACCCCAACCCUGGUGCACAUUCAGAUUGUCACACAGAGACACAAACACACAUACAUACUGACACACAUACUACUAUAAGCAAAUCCCUUUGCUCUCAUCACAGCUGUUGUUGAAAUAUUUGAUCUUCUGUCAGAUGCUUUCAAAUUCUGAGUUCAGUUUUUUUUUGUUUUUUGCCUGAACCUUUGGAGAAAAAUCAUCAUAGAAACUCUGUGCCUUCUGUCGCUUGCCCUAUGCCCCUGCCUGCCUCCCCCCCCCCCCAACCCAACCUUAUCAAUCAACCAAACAAUCAGUAAGUAUAUCAAUCAGUCGUUUCUCAAUCGGAUUUGUAACAAUCAAACCAAAAGGAAAUCCCGUUGGAUUGGUUACCGAGUGUAGCCAGUAUUGGGCUCCUUGUCACCUUAACAAUUGUCUAGUGCCUGAAACAAGGAUGUAAAUGCAGCGUUUGCCAAUAAUCAACAAAGCAUCUGCAACAGUUAGCAAAGCAGAGCCACACUCUACUAUCAAUGCAAAGAGCUGCCUACUGUUCUGUGCCCCCCUUAACUAGAUCACUGCAGUCCAGAGUCAUCGAUAAACAGGGUUUGGCCAGGUUACACUUUGGGCACCAGCAAUAGAUACACAUGGAGAACAAAACCAGUCUUUUAGAUUGGUGGCAAAAACUUUUUUUUUAUAUGUUGUGUAGCCUAUUUCCUCUGUCAGCUCAGUGGUAUUAAUUAAUAAUGCGUCAUAAUUUAAGAUUCUUGUGUACAAAUAUGCCAAAAUCUUAGGCAAAAAAAGUCCCUUUCACUGCCGACUGUCCUCAUUCGCAUUUAGUGAUGAGACAAAACUGGAGAAAGAACUUGACAAAAUAAUCUUAACUCACUUAAUGGCUUUUUCUGAGCUUUCAACCACAACUCACAGUCUUGGCUGGCAGGUUAUCCACAUAAUUGUAUGAUUUAAAAGUAGUGAAGCCUUCAAAAGUCAGUCAUUUGUUAUUAUAUUAUUAUAUGAGGCCACUGGGGUUUACAGUGCACAGUGCAGUUUUCAGGCAACGGACAUCAAUAGAAACAAGUUAGUCCCACUUUAUCUCAUCCAUGUGUAUCUAUGCAAUUGAUGAUAUUGGUGUAGUAAGAUGCCCAACGCUGUUUUAUUCAGCCAAGCACUGAGUAAGCAUUGUUGUUGUGUAAGUUUGACGUAGCCAAGCUCUCGCAACUGAUGGCUCUGCUGCACCUGUUCUCCUGUUAGAUGAAUGAUGACAAUGUAAUGAUCAGCUUAUUCUCGAGUCCUGCACUCUUAAGUUCUUGAACUGAGUUGUUUAAAAAAGAAAAGAAAAAAAAACUUUUUUUCUCUCAGAGAGUUGUAUUUUGUACUUAAAGCAGUCCAUGGUAUUCUCAGGGGUUAAGAAAAACUUUUAAAAAGAAUAAAAGGUUUAAAGAUUUAUCGUAAAAGCGACGCAAGACAGAGAUACAUAUAUAUAUAUACAUAUUUUAUAUCAUAUACAGUAUAUAUAUAUAUAUAAAGUGAUGUGUGUAUGUCUAGAAACUUCCUUAUUUGACAAGCUUCACUGUUUUCAACUCCUAAACGACUACUACUGAGCAUGUUCCUUCUCUCAGUAUGACCAUAUGCCCAUCAGCCCUAGGUUCAAUAAUCUCUACCAAUAAUUAAUGCUCAUUUUUACUUGUUUGAGUUACCAGAUGAGUGGGACAGGUCAGAUAAACAGCUAAUAAUUAAUACCUCUGUGGUCAACUACAAGAAGGGACUUUCUUUUCAUUCACUCAGCACUCUCACAGCUAAGACCCCACCCAUCUGGUUCAAAUGGAUUAAAUAAAGCAUCACAAGUCAUUUUAAUUGCUGCUUGACCCAGGCCUGAUGAACAGACAGUUAAAUAGAGUUGCAAGUCAAAUGUACUUCCUCUGUUUGUUUUCUGUAUUGAUAGCUUCUAGCCUGUCUUCUGAACUGACCAAGCCAAAGAACAGAUCUGUGUAUCAAGGCAGCAUAUUUACAUUUUAUCUACACAUACACAUGCUCCGUCUCUGGUUUUCAAGAUGAAGAAUGUUAGAUAAGGAUGUCAAACAACCCUGCCAGUAAUGUCCAGGUCAGCUUGGUUUAAUGUCAACUUGGUUCAACCCAGCUCGAUAGGGUUCAGUCAGAAAUGCCGUAAGCUCAGGCACGGUGCUGCGGUGUUGUGUGACCUCCUCCAUUGCAAUUCUACUACACCACCACCAAUAAAGCCAUCCUGUAUUCUCCCACAUCUGCAUUCACAGGGGUUCACAUAGGAAAAGCCUGUCUCUACAGUAAUGGGAUGGUGAUGGGAGUUCAACGCAGACUCGCACAUAUUAACCCCCUUCAGAAAAAGCCAAAUGCUGCUGAACUAAACACACAACAUACAGCUCUCUCACACACACACACACACACACACACACACACACACACACACACACACACACACACACACACACCAGAGCUGGUAUAACAGGGUUAUAAUGUACAAGAUGACUAGUUUUUUUUAUGUGGUCCUGACUGCAUCAGGAAGUAUGAGCUCACUCAGAGCGACACGCCCCCUAUCAGCAAGAGAGUAUUAUUACUUUUGACAGCGCAGCGUCUCCGUCUCCUUUGUCCUUCAGAUGUAGCCAUCCUAAAAUAUUCACAUUAUUAGUCCUCCAACCUCGUCCAAGUCCGGAAAAAAAAAAAAACUCUUUUGAAAGAGCUUUGUGUUGAAGUAUUGU